CUCAGCCUGACUCCACCACUCUUACUCUCUCUCUGCAUAUCUGAACUUCUUUCUCUCGGGCAGGACAGUCAUAGUCAGUGUCCUGACAGAAAAACAUGUUUAUCAGAAAACAGGAAAACUGUAACUUGUCUUAACCAGAACCAGCUCUGAUGGACUAAUGAACCUAAAUAGUUCUGGGUAAAUAUUAUAUCAUGAAAUAUCGAUUUAAAGUUUCAAUUGGGACAACAUAAAAAAAAAAUCCUGCAUCUGGACUAAAAACCUGGAUUACACCUGGUCCACGACUCUGACUACUUCAGCCAAGACCAGGAUGUCUAUCAGAAGUCUAAACAUGGACCUAUGAUUGGAAGUGGUUCCAUCGGUUCCUUUUGAAUCAUCAAAUAUAGAAUUUGAUCCGGGACAAGAAACAGACUAACGUCAAAAACCUUCAGAUUAAAAAGAAAAAAAUGAUGAGCAGCAGAGGAGGAGGAGGAAGAAGAGGGAGGGAGGUCUUCCUCAGCGCUCACCGCUGCCCUGAAGUUGUUCUGCCGCAUCAUCAUAAUUCACGACUUUCUGCUGAGUUCACCUGUACUCGUCCGUCAGAGGCCGAUUACCUGGACGUCUCCUCUAACGUUCACUCUGAGGAGGAAGAGUGUAUCAGUGACUGGUCAGAGGAAGAUCUCUCCCUCUAUUUCUCUCCCUCUGUCAUCCUCCCAUCAGACGAUGAAGACUCAGGUCCAGAGAGCGACUUCAGGUGCGUUGAUGUUGCCGUGGAAACACAGAUGACAGGUCAGGGGGGGGAGGGGCUUAAGAUGGUUCCUAAACGACAGAUUCACCUGAAAAAGAAAAACAAGACCAAGGAAAUUAAUGACAAGGAAAAGAAUGACAAACUACAGGUGAUACUGAAGAAUGAACCUUUUGAAGGGGGAGCAGCGAACAGAGAUGUGUCAACCAAUGAACUGUUCUAUCCAACUGUCCAUCAUCGCCCUGAUCUGUUGCUACGACAACACAGUAUGCCCACUUCCUUCCACACGCGUUCAAUGACCUGCGGUGAUGUCGACAGCUGCGGGGUCUACAGGGGCCUGGUUGCAGGAGCCAGUCCAGGGUUGCUGAUUGGAGGACAAUCGGUGGUGCAGAGACGUUUGCAAAAAUCUGUCUCUCUGGAUGAAACAAAAACAAAGAUGGCAUCAUGCAUCAUCAAGAGUGUCCUCUCCAAGAAGAUGCAGGUCGAGAAGAUCAACACGAAAACAUCGUACCUGAAGAAGAAACACGCAGUGUCACCUAUCGUCCCAUCGGAGGGGGGAGGACUGGAGGCGGGGCCAGGUGUGUUUAAAGCUCCAGUUCACUCGGUGAGAGAUGUCAGAAGUUUGGUUAAAAACACAUACAGCCUCUCGUUCUCUACGGCAACGACACCUGACAAACUCAAACCAGCAAAAUUCAAGGUGGUUAGUCAGGAGGACAGCCCACCCCCCACCUACCAACAGGCCGUAGGGGUCAAAGGUCACUCCACCAGAGGACAUGUCUCUAAGGUCACUGCAUCUUUCAGCCAAUCCCGUGACAGAAAACAGUACAAUGCAUUGAGUCAUCCAAUCACACAGCAGAGACAAGGAAGCGAGCCAAUAAUAAGCAGGAGGAAAGAUGAUUUCAUGUUUCUAGACCCACCCCCAUCCACCUCUGCAACCAUCAGCCAAUUAGAAAGAGCUGACGGUGCAAGUCACCAGGCAGGGGCCUCCCUCCCCUUCUCUGCCCCUCCUUCCCCCUCCUCCUCCACACACCCCCAGGUAGACCAGCAGGAACAACGCCCCCCCCAAGGUGCGUCUUCUCACUCUGUCCCUGCCCCCCUUCAGCGGCUCCAAACCUGUUUCUACACCCCCUCUCAACAUCCUCAGCUGAGGAAGGUGAGCUACAUCCCCAACCCCCUCAACUCCAUCCAGAAUCCCCACCUCCACCAGAGCAGGUCACCUGGAGACACCUCGGACCAGACCAUGAAGAGCUGCCCCUCCCCAGCGACCAGGAGGACAGCAGACCACAACGUCAGUGCUGUGACCCCGCCCACAUUGAAGAAUAAGCAGCAGCAGCCUUUUCUCUGCAGUUUUCAGAGUUUCUUACCUGCACAGGUGAGUAAUGACUUCCUCAUUGACAUCACAGGUUCUGCUGUAACACCUGGAGCUGUCUUCAGUGGCCCCGCCCCAUGUCACGUGAUGUUAGAGCCAAAUGGGCGGUACUGCUAUGUGGAUACACACCCACAGCAUCACAGAAAGAUGCUAUUGGAUCCAGAAACUGGACAGUUCAUUCAGGUGUUCCUACCUGGAGCAAGCCCCGCCCCCAACACUAUGUUCCCCAUGUGUUGUUUCAACCCCGCCCCCACCGUGAUAAACCCCACCCCCACUAUUCUACAGACGAGCAGUGUCAAUCGCGCCGUUCUCUCAGUGAUGAGGUUCCAGCCAACCCUGUACGCCGCCCCCUGCCUCCCCGUCCCCCUGCACACACACACGUCCCCAUGAUAUAUAUCUAUUUAUAUAGAUAGAUCGACGUAACUGUAACAUAUAUAUGUAAAACAGUAUCGAUUAUUUAUUAUUAUUUGUAUAAAAGCAAACAAACAUUAUCUCAAGGCACUUUACACAGUGAGUUCACAAUGAUUUUAUUUUACUUCACAUUUUUCUUUGUUUGUUGAUUUGAUGAUUGAUUGUUUGUUUGAUAAUUGAUUGAUGAUACAACCAGUAGUGAAGUGACGAGCAGAUGAAGUGAAAUAACCUUAUUUGAUUUUGUCUCCUCAUCUUAUCGUGAAUAUUCAACAUAUUUUUAUAAAAAAUGUACAAGAAUAAAUUCAACAGCUUCACGUUUGUUUCUCAGACAAAACAUAAGAACAAUUUUUUUUCUACAAAGCAGUGACGUCACAAUGUUAAAUAUCACAUAAUCAACAGUUAGUUGAUGAACUGAAGACUUGAUGAAAUACAAACGGAACUGACUUACAGUUUAGGUUAACCCGGGUUAAGUCUAACUCAGUAACAAUUGACCCAAACACACAUUCGUUUAAGGGCGAGUGUUAGUUUUAGUUAAACCCGGAUUAACCCUGGGUAAAACUAACACUAACAGAAAAUACAAAGAAAUUAUGGAGACAAAUGAUAAUUUUUUUGUUGUUAUAAUUCUUAGGAUUAUUUAAUCAUAUAUUUUCACGUGGAGUAAAAUACAUUCACAUCAAUAUUAUACAGUUAAUCAAUGUUUUUAUUUCAGUCAAAACUAAUUUUUUUAUACAAAACAUUUCAUGAAUAGAAUUUUUUUCUCUGUUUUUCACACAUUUAAACAAAGUACUUCACAUUUGAAUUUGAUAGAAAACAAAACAUAAAAUAUAAACAAAUAACGUACAAAACACAGUAAAUCAUUAUUACGGAAUCAUUGUUAUUUUUUAUGUUUUUGUAUUUUAACCUAACCCAAUAAUUUCAGAUUCACUAACAUUAUUGAUGCACGUCAUUAAACACGUGAUGGUAAAAAUGA